AUGAGCUCGUCCUCCGUCCAAGUCCCGCGUCCGCCCUCAAGCACGGGCAAAGAUGUCGCUCCCUCCGGCUCAAACCCAGGCUCCCUGGGCUUCGAUAUCGUCCGUUGUUCACGGUGCCAACGCUCUAUGAGCCUCGAGAGCGAAUCCACACCCGGGGUUGUUCGAUUCGGAAUGAACUCGUAUUACUGCAGUCGCUGUGCCUCCAUGGUGGGCUUCAUCCGCUGA